UGGGGAGGAUUGAGUUCUGAGAGGAACCAACCUGCAGCCGAGUGUGUGUGCGUGUUUGUGUGUGUGUGUUUGUGUGUAUGUGUGUGUGAGUGUGAGAAGCAUCAACCUGCAACUGAGUGUGUGAAGCAGCACUGACAGAUACACACACACACACGAUGCUGCAGAAUGGCGCUCCGAGUCUCCUGCAGUGUUUGUGUGCAGGAUUAGCCGCUACUUAGCUGUGUGUGUGUGUGUGUGUGCGCGCGUGCGUGCGUGCGUGUGUGUGUGUGCAGACGCAGGGCGCACCGAGCCUCCAGCCGCGUCAGGUGGAUGCAGUGAUCCAGGUCGCCCCUAUGGAUCGCGUUCAUGGAUGUCUUCAAACCCGCUUCGGACACCAGCUCGAGUCCCAGGGUGUGUGUUUCUUCAGCGGAAGAGGAUGUGUUCCGCUGGCCGGAGGAUGGAGGCGGCGCGGUACCGGACGCAGUGCCGGACGCGGUUCCGCACGCGGCCUCGGGCUUCUGGACGGCCGUGUUCGACUAUGAAGCGGCGGCGGAGGACGAGCUCAGCCUGCGGAGGGGCGACCUGGUGGAGGUGUUGUCCAAGGACUCGCUGGUGUCCGGGGAUGAGGGCUGGUGGACCGGCAUGAUCCAGGACCGGGUCGGCAUCUUCCCCUCCAACUAUGUGAGCCAUGGAGACAUCCGGGAGACCGGGAAGCAGCAGCAGUACCCGGUGCCCCCCCUGCACCUGCUGGAGAUCGAUUUCUCGGAGCUGACCCUGGAGGAGAUCAUCGGGGUCGGGGGUUUUGGGAAGGUGUACCGAGCGGUGUGGCGGGGGUCGGAGGUGGCGGUGAAGGCGGCUCGCCGGGACCCGGACGAGGACCCGGAUCAAACCCUGGAGAGUGUCCGGCAGGAGGCCAAGCUGUUCGCCAUGCUGAACCACCCCAACAUCAUGGGGCUGCUGGGGGUCUGCCUGCAGGAGCCCAACCUGUGCCUGGUGAUGGAGUUCGCCCGGGGGGGGCCCCUCAACCGCGCCCUGGCCGGGAAACGCAUCCCGCCCUGCACCCUGGUGGACUGGGCGGUGCAGAUCGCCCGCGGCAUCCUCUACCUGCACAGCCAGGCCAUCGUGCCCAUCAUCCACCGGGACCUGAAGUCAAGCAACAUCCUGAUCCUGGAGAGGGUGGAGAUGGAGGACCUGAGCAACAAGACCCUGAAGAUCACGGACUUCGGGCUGGCUCGGGAGUGGCACCGCACCACCAAGAUGAGCGCCGCCGGCACCUACGCCUGGAUGGCCCCCGAGGUCAUCCGGUCCUCCACCUUCUCCAAGGGGAGCGACGUGUGGAGUUACGGCGUGUUGUUGUGGGAGCUGCUGACGGGAGAAGUUCCUUUCCGGGGGAUCGAUGGUCUGGCGGUGGCGUACGGAGUCGCCAUGAACAAGCUGGCUCUGCCCAUCCCCAUGACCUGUCCGGAGCCGUUUGCACGACUGAUGGAGGAGUGCUGGAGCUCGGACCCUCACUGCCGGCCUCACUUCUCCAUCAUCCUGGACCAGCUGACGGCCAUCGAGGAGUCGGGGUUCUUCGAGAUGCCGGCCGAGUCGUUCCACUCUCUGCAGGACGACUGGAAGCUGGAGAUCCAGGAGAUGUUCGACCAGCUGAGGACCAAAGAGAAGGAGCUGCGUUCCUGGGAGGAGGAGCUGACGCAGGCGGCGCUGCAGCAGAAGAACCAGCAGGAGGCGCUGAGGAGGCGCGAGCAGGAGCUGGCCGAGCGGGAGAUCCACAUCCUGGAGCGGGAGCUGAACAUCAUCAUCCACCAGCUGUACCAGGAGAAGCCCCACGUGGAGAGCCGGCAGGGCAAGUUCAGACGCAACCGGCUCAAGCUGAAGGACGGUAACCGCAUCAGCCUGCCCUCAGAUUUCCAGCACAAGAUCACGGUGCAGGCGUCUCCGUCUCAUGACCGGCGGAGGAGUUUACUGAGCAGCAGCUCCAGUCCUCCCAGCAGCCCCCCCCUGCUGCCGCGCCUCAGAGCCAUCCAGCUGACUCCACGGGAAGGGUACUCUGCCUGGGGUCGCAUUGCGGGGGUCCAGCUGGAGGAUGAGGAGGGGGAGAGGAAGGGCUCGAGGAAGAAGGGCCGGUCCCGUAACUGUGGACCCUACAGGGAGCACAGCGCGGACGCCAGUGUGAAGCCCCCCCAUGAGGGCAGCAGGCAGCGGUCCUGCAGCGCCCCCAACCUGCGACGAUCCCCCCGACACAGCCCCGCCGUCCCCGGGGUCCCCAGCCUGCUGGAGAUGGAAAACGAGGACUGCUGCUUCACCACUGACCCCGCAGCCGCCCCGGCUCAGUCCUACCUCUGCCUCCCCUACCAGAAGGAGGGCUUCCCUUCUGCUGCUGAGGGGGAGGGGGUGGAGGAGUCCUGCCCCAGCGUCCAGCCCCCAGGUGCCUCGCCCUGCAGGAAGAGCCCCGGGGGGGGCCGGCGCUCCGACCUGGUUCUGCUGGGCUGUGGGGCUCUGCUGGCGGCCGUGGGGCUCGGCGGCAACCUGCUCACUCUAUCCCAGCCGGAGGAGAACAUCAAGUCCCGGUGGGAGGGCUUCUUCCACCGGUCAGGGGGGCAGAGGAAGAGCACCAGCCCCCAGACUCACAGACUCUUCCGGAAGGAGAGUCCAAUGAAGGCCCCGGCCCCCCCGAUCCCCUCCUCCUACACCCUGCUGUCCCUCUCCUCGGUGUCGGACUGUAACUCCACCCGCUCGCUGCUGCACACCGACAGCGAGGAGCGGCUGCUUGCCGCCCCCCCCGCCUCCCCCCUCAAACAGCCGUCCCAUUAUCAGCCCCCCAUCAACCCGCUGGUCAACACUCACCUGGAGAGCUUCAAGCGUCACCCCCGCCAGUCACUCACCCCCACCCACGUCCCGUCAGCUCCCAGUUCCUCCCGCAGCCUGAGGAGGACGCCGUCAGACGGGGCCAUCAAGAAGAACCUCCAGACCACCAACCUGGAGCCCCUGCUGGAGAAAACCGCUUUAGAGAACACAGGUAUCUUCAGAGGUUUAAGGGAGGACUGUCCGGAGGUCCCUCGGCUCCCAGAUCCAAAUCUCGUCUUCCCCCCGACCCCCCGCCGCCGCUGUGCCCCUGAACGCCCCAAAACUCUAGACUUUGUGGCCCGGCCUCGGCCCUCCCCGAGGAUCCGCUGCGACGUGUUCUGGGCGGACGCUCGGCCCCGAGGGAACGGACAAAACCUGGGCACCGGAGACUCCCCCGCCCACACCUCCAGUACAGAAACUCCGCCCACUGUAGAGUUUGGGAGGGACCCCGCGGUGCUGCCCACCCCCCUGGAGGCCCCGACGCCCUACAGGAAGGAAAACCUGCUGGACCAGCUGGACGAGGGGCAGUGCCGGGACGGGACGGUGCCUCUCUGCAGGCCCGAGCCCGGACAUUCCAAAGACUCUCCGUACCGCUACAGACCCGGGUACUGGUCCUGAAUCAGACUGCUCCGCGGGUAUCAUUUUUACAACCCAGUUCAGAUAAAACCACGCCCUCUUAGAAUCCUUAGAAUCCCUUUAUCUGUCCUGAAACGGAGACGUGCAGGGACUUGCAUCUGAAAUAAAAAAGUAGGUCCCCGUUAUUAAUGAUAAGAACAGCAGUACACCAUGGUACCUGCGUCCGAGCGUCACCUGGAACGUUCAAUCAGUAAGUGGAUGAAAGCACUGCAACACCUCCAUCAGCAAGGAGACAACCCGAGGUCUCAGGCCUGUGCUCAGCGAGGGCAGAACACUGAUCAACUGGGUCAAAGAUAUGGGCGAGGGAAAUAUCACAACACUUAAACAUAAGUCCAGUGUCUGGUUAUAGCUGUCAGAGGAUGAGAAAUCUUCCGCUUUUCCAGAUCGCUGUAAUGUUUUGUAGCACGAUGAGCACUGAUGGCAUUGUGAGAUGCUAAUGUGGCUAACUAAUGUGAGCGUCCUUAGCUGCAGUCCGCCAUUUUGCGGAAGUGGCCGUGGUUAAAUCUGAACCAUGGACGCAUCCUCCGUACCGCUCAGUAACAUCACGGCUGCUCUAGCUGGGGGAUAAAAGCGUUAUGGGGUGCUCAAUUUAGAAAUGAUGAGACCAAAAAGAACGAGUUGACUAGCGCUGUAGCUAUAGCAUUUACAGAGCGAUCUCAAAACAGGAGGUCUGGCGUUAGAAACACGGUUACCUCCUCUCACUGAGGAUGUGGUGUAUUCCCUUCUACCACCUCGAAUCUUUAUCAUUCAAAAGCAAUAUUUUCCUGAAUCACCCAAAAAAAGAUGCCCUGUUGAAACGUCUGCGUUGUGUGGAAGUAGCCGUGGUUUAAUCUAAACUGGGUUGGGAAAAUGACAGACAUGACUGUCCCUUCAUACUGGUGUGGGUCGAUUAAUGCUAGCUUUACUCAGUGCUUAAAGCAGGGAGGCUCACUAACUACCUAAAUGUGAAUAUUUACCCUUUCCGACAUUUGCUGUUUUGCCAUUUUUGAUACGAAUCCUCAAAUGUGGCUUUUAAAUAAUGAGUUAUUCAAAAUGGACAUUAUUUUCUUUGGGAAUUAAACCGACUAAUGGCUGUAUAGCAGAACGCCAUGGAGAGUUUCACAAAGCUUUACAUCAUCUUUAUCAAACGUCAUGCUUUGAGUUGAAGAUUGUGCAUUUAAAGAAGUGCACUUUCCCAAAGCGUCAUGAAUGUAAAGCAGGUUUCUACAUCUCUAAUUUCUUUCUUGGAUUUGUCAGAAAAGGCGUCGUGGUAUUUGCCUGUGUAAUUCGCUCUUGUUUUAUCACCUGUACACAGGAGCAUCUCAUUUCUCCAGACUAAAAGGGAACGUUGUGUUUGUGACUCUGUAUCUAAAUGUCUGCCUCAUGAAUGAAUUGUUGAUCAAGAAAAAAUUGAGGGAUGUAAAGUUUGAAACGUCUUGCAGGUGAAGCAGGCCCUGGUGGCGUGUGUGUAUUUAUGGUUUAAGUUAUUUUUAUAAUGCAUUGCAUUUGCCUUGAUUUUUUGACAAUUGUUCUGAAUGUCUUCAGAGUUAAAUGUGUAUCUGCAUCCAUGUGUGACUUCAGAUUGUUUUGCCUCCUCACGCGUUUGAAAGAAUCUUCAGGUUGUUUUUUUAACAUCUUUUUCACAGAGCUCUGAUUCCUCUCUUAGAACUCUGAAUUCUGACCUCGGUAUCAACGUCUUCAUGGCUCUCAUUUUCUAACAGUCCUUUUUUUAAUUUGUCUUAUCUGAUGGUAAACUGACAUGUUUGGGUGGUUUUGGACUCCUAACCCGUCAACGAUGACGACACAUUUGGUUUUGUUGAAUCGUUAUUUUUUUUUAAAUUAAGAAAAUAAUCAAUAACGAAAUCAAUAUGUUAUUUGCAUCCCAUAUACAUCAACAGAAACGGAGCUACAUGCAUGCAGACUGCUCCGUGCACAUUGAUUAUUUAGUGUUUCCGCUUUUUGGCGCGUUGGUCUGGAUCGGACAGGGGUUCAGUAUUAUAUUCACGUACGUUUUUACUUAUUUAUUGGAGGAAAAUGCCCGUUUAAGUCUUUCCCAUCAAUUGUCAGAUAGAAAAACAAGCCAAAACAUUAAUGAUUAGAAAAAGAAACAUCAUCUGAGUCUUAAUUUGAAUGCCCGAUUCUCUCAUUUCAUUUUCAGACGUUCAGUGACCUCUGAGAUCUGUCUUUAUCCCGAUGUGUAAAACGUGAAUGCUUUUCUCUGAGGCCUGCAGAGUGUGAUCCUGCUGCUGGUUGAAACCCCGCUCUGUUGUCCCAGGUGUCAUUAAAUGUGUCUGAUAUGUUACCACGAAUAAGCUGAUGGACGUUGUUUGGGUUGGGAAGGAUCCUGAAAGGGACGGACUUGUAUUUGCACUGGAACACUGAUUUGAGUAAAAUCGUAGUAAACUAUCCAACUUCUUUUGCAAGACUCUGUGUUUCCUCGUUGAAUUAAUGACUUUUCAUCCUUGGCUCAUUAUUUUAAUUUACCAGCUUACAACUUUACUGUUUAGUUGUGACUCGACGCAGCCCUCCUCCCCCUCCUCUUCAGACCGACAUCCAUCAAUCCCUUCAUCCCUCCACCACCACCAGUUUCUGUGUAUUCUGGGUAGUAAAUAUAUAUUGUUGCAUCAAAACAAGUCUCUCCUGACUGAACGGAAUAUAAAGCAUUCUCCAUGUUUCCAA